CCGGGAGUGGGCACAUGGGGGUGCGGGUGUGCAGGUGCCAAGCGCCAUGGGUUAGGCCCGAGAUCGGAGUCCGGCCGCCCACCGACAGCAGCCGCCUCCUGCUCCCCACGAGCCCCAGGCGCCACCAUGUCGGGCGACAAACUUCUGAGCGAACUCGGCUAUAAGCUGGGCCGCACGAUAGGCGAGGGCAGUUACUCCAAGGUGAAGGUGGCCACGUCCAAGAAAUACAAGGGCACGGUGGCCAUCAAGGUGGUGGACCGGCGGCGCGCGCCGCCAGACUUCGUUAACAAGUUCCUGCCACGCGAGUUGUCCAUCCUUCGGGGCGUGCGGCACCCGCACAUCGUGCACGUCUUCGAGUUCAUCGAGGUGUGCAACGGGAAGCUGUACAUUGUGAUGGAGGCGGCCGCCACCGACCUACUGCAGGCCGUGCAGCGAAACGGGCACAUCCCCGGGGGGCAGGCGCGCGACCUCUUCGCGCAGAUCGCCGGUGCUGUGCGCUACCUGCACGACCACCACCUGGUGCACCGCGACCUGAAGUGCGAAAACGUGCUGCUGAGCCCUGAUGAACGCCGCGUCAAGCUCACCGACUUCGGCUUCGGCCGUCAGGCGCAUGGCUACCCCGACCUGAGCACCACCUACUGCGGCUCGGCCGCCUACGCGUCGCCCGAGGUACUCCUCGGCAUCCCCUACGACCCCAAGAAGUACGACGUAUGGAGUCUGGGUGUCGUGCUCUACGUCAUGGUCACCGGGUGCAUGCCCUUCGACGACUCCGACAUCGCCGGCCUGCCCCGGCGUCAGAAGCGCGGCGUUCUCUACCCCGAUGGCCUCGAGCUGUCUGAGCGCUGCAAGGCCCUAAUAGCCGACCUACUGCAGUUCAGCCCGUCGGCCAGGCCCUCCGCGAGCCAAGUAGCGCGCAACUGCUGGCUGCGUUCGGGGGACUCCGGCUAGAAGCCGGGGUUCCCACC